CACACAGGUGCGAACUCUCACGCUCAUUUUACUCGGCAGCGGGAAUGCCGGAAAGAAGCCUCCACCCAAUGGCGGAGCAUGGGCUGUUGGAUCAAAACAAGUUGGGGCGCGUGGUUGAUUGCAUCGGUCUACCCACAGAUGUCUAUACAACAAGUCUUGAACUUCUAAUCUCAGUUCAAGGUCUCGAUCAACAUUGCGAUACUUACCCGAAUGCCGCAGGCUUCGACUGUUGCCUGUCUACGACGCCCCCCCCUACUUUAACCCCAGAGUCUUCUUGCUUCUUUCCAUCUCGACACUUCGCUGCUGCGGACCUUCAGCAUAGCAAAACCAGCAACCCGCUAUGAGUCCCGAGGCUAUCAGGAACAAGAUCAACCUUGAGAAUGGGAAUCUCGUUAUUGUCGCUAGUCUUACUGUCUUGAUCUGGGACUGGUUGAUCUGUCUGGACCGUGAACGGCGACAUUUCUGGGGAUCGAAGCCGAACGCGGGGACUGUCCUAUACUUUCUUAAUAGAGGGGUUUCCAUGCUGGGCGCCAUCCUACAUCUCCAGACAUCGAUGUACAAUUUUGCUCCUCAUACGCAACUUAAACUAUGUGGGCCCCUGAUCCGCACCGUUACCUCUCUUUCUGCUCUCAAUAUUGCAGUCGUACAGGUUAUUUUAACGAUGCGUACAUAUGCAUUGUACAGUUGCAACAAGGUACUCUUAUGGGCGCUUCUCGUUCUCGUCAUGGGUGGAUUGCUGAAUCAAGUGCUGUUCAUGUGGCUCGGCCCGUGGACAGUUAUCAUAAACUCUCAGCCAGCUCCUUAUACUGGGUGUCUCAUUCGCCUGCCCACAUGGUCAUGGGAGCGACUCGUUCCGAUUAUGACCUUUGAAAUCUUGUCUAUAGUCUUGUUUGCGAUCAAGUUCUGUUCUUACGUCAAGAUGGGUUCAAUGGGUGUAGUACCAAGGAUGUUGUUCCGCGAUGGUUUUCUUGGGUUUCUUGCCACUUCCAUAUGUACAUCUAUUGGGCUACUUGUCCAGAUUUUACGGCCACGACCAUUGCUUACUUUCGGCGUUGCUCUCACCCCAUUGGUUCCCACCCUCGUUGCAGCCCACAUGCUCCUCAAUAUUAGGGAUGUUAUGAAAGUUUCUUCUCCGGUAGCCAAGCCGACUGCCCCAACAGCCGCGCGACGUACACAACCUCGAAGUUCCCAGCCACCCGUAAGGGGGAGCUUCCCAGGUCAGCAAGUUGAUGACGCUGGCCUCCAGAACCUGGUGCCUGAUUUAGAGCGGAAGGGUGCAGACAGUGGAGGGAAGGACCACUAUGAUGACGAGGACGACGAGGACGAUGACGAUGACGUGGACGGGGACGGGGACGGGGACGACGGUGACAAUCGUCGCGACCGGAGGGGAUAUCACGGAUUUGGGAAUGCGGACUCGCUCAGGGAGAACUGGUACGAGAUGAAGGCUCGGCCAUCCGAAACCCGGUACGAUCCUAGAGGGACAGCGUCCCUCUCCCUCUCUGGACGAAAUCCUGCUCCAAGUGAAGGAACACACCCAGCAUCGCCCGUUCCCGUAGCACUACCAGCGUCCACUAGUGUUAUCCCCGGCAACGAAGAAGCUGCGGCGGGUAGUAGUGUUGGAGGGCUAUACCUUCCCCAAGAACGGACGUAUCCUUUGCGGGCUGGUGGAAGACGGUUAGAUACGACCUUUUCCCAGCGUUCGGAGGAAGGUGAUGUGAUUGAUAUUCAGUAGUGAGAGAUAAGGAUGUGUCUGCUUGGUGGUAG